AUGCAAGACUAUCCAGAUGAGAUUCUGGUGAAUUGUGCAGAACAGUGUUGUCCGGUCAUCAAUGAGGUACAGAAUUCUGCAGAGGAAUCAUCUGUAGUUUCUGGUACGGUAACAGGGUCUAGCAGCUCGGAUACUGAAACUGGAGGAUCAUCUGGAAACAGUAUAAUAGCCAGUGAGGGAACUUUUAUGAAAGAUGGUUAUAGAAAUCUUGACACAAGCUGUCGAGGGAAAUGCCUAUCUGACAGCAAGGAGUUAGUUGGCGCAGAUCAGGUAAGUGAUAGUCAUAGUCAUGAUGAACCGGGUAGGAAUAGAAGUAUUACUGAAGCGAGUACUUCAUUUAAAGAACGACAAUCAUCAGAUCCUAUAUCUAUGAAUGUUUCAACUAACAUGGAUGCUGUCAAUGGCAUUGACAAUCCAGAGAGCACGAGUUUUGCUCAGAUCUAUCCCAAUAUCAUACAGCCAAGCACUUCGUAUCCUUCAGGGCAUGGAGAUCCACAUUCUAAUGGUGUGUCUUCUGAUAAUCGUACGGGUGAAGCAACAGCCCUGCCCAAUUCUGAUUCUGUAACUCAUAGAUCUGAUGUUCCAGUAACCUUUCACUCAACACGAGAUGUGUCUAUCCAAGAUUCAGUACCUUCAGAUUUAGGAUUUCUUGUGCCCAAUAGGGAACAAGAGGGGACAGAUGAAAGUGUUCUCCAUGUUGAUGUUGUGAGUAUAUCUUCCAGCAUUUAUUCUAGCAACAAUUCAGAUACAAGCAGUCGCGAGGCCAGAAGGAAUAGCAGAAGACUGUUUUGGGAUGCGUUUUCAAGGCGCAGUUCCAGGAGGCAUGUUGAUUCUCCGACUGUUGUUUUCUCGACAGACAAUACUGAUGCUCUUGAAUCCCAUGACAGAUGGCUCCUUGAUUUCAGUGGUGAUUUUUUGGAUGAUGGGAUAGGCAGUGAUUCUGGAUAUCUGGGCAGGAGAAUUCACAGAUUGAAUGAACGAAGACGGCACUCAAGAUCUGAGAUCUGGGAAAGACUUCGUGGUGGUCUUGAUGAGAAUGGUCGACGAACUACCUCUUGUCCUUCUGGACUCCACCCUGAUGGUACAUGCUCGUGUGAUACAUUUAUGAUGACUGAGGAGUUGAGUACUCGUGGAAGUAUAUCAAGAAUAGUCAUGCUUGCUGAAGCUCUCUUUGAGGUUUUGGAUGAAAUUCAUCGUCAGCCUGUGUCACUUUCUCUAUCCAUGAUGUCACUCCCUGCCCCUGAAUCAGUUGUUGACUCUUUCCCUCUUAAGAACCAUAAAAAGGUUGACAAAGUUGAGGGGAAUGAUGAGGAUGAACAGUGUUACAUUUGCCUGGCCGAGUACGAGGAAGGUGACAAAAUAAGAGUUCUUCCCUGCCACCAUGAAUAUCACAUGGCUUGCGUGGAUAAAUGGCUUAAAGAAAUACAUGGGGUAUGCCCACUUUGUCGAGGAGAUGUUCGUGAGGGUGUCAGCGAACCUUCAAUCCCAAACCCAGAAAUUCCUUCUACUUGA